AUGGCCGACCGCCAACUCCAACAGAUCCUCACCCAGCUCAAGUCCCAAUCCGCCUCCCUCUCCUACCCGGACGCCGCCUCGCUGCUGUCCAAGGCCAAGCUGCUGCUGCUACAGCUCAACGCCCUGACGCCCAGCACCGCCGCCUCGCCGCAGCUGCUCGCCCUCGCGCGCGAGACCUACGAGCAGGGCGCCCUCUACUCCAUCCGCGCCAAGAACCCCGACGCCUUCACCCGCUAUGUCUCCCAGCUCAGCCCCUUCUACGAACUGCCCGCCGCCGUGCUGCCGCCCAACCUGCCCGAGCGCAACAAGGUCACCGGCCUGUACCUGCUGCUGCUGCUCACCCAGGGCCGCUACGCCGAGUUCCACUCUGAGCUCGAGGCCCUGAGCACGCGCGAGGGCGGUGGUGGUUCCGUUGAUGUCGAGGGGGACCGGUUCCUCGGCUACCCGAUCAGACUGGAGAGAUGGUUGAUGGAGGGCAGCUACGACCGCGUGUGGAAGAGCAUGAAGAGCCGUGAGGUGCCGAGCGAGGAAUACGCUGUCUUCUCAGAGAUUCUAACCUCUCAAAUCCGCUCUGAGAUUGCGAGCAGCAGCGAGCGUGCCUAUCCUUCCCUACCACUUUCCUCCACAAAGUCCCUCCUCUUCCUUGAGUCUGAGGGCGCCGUCAUCGACUUUGCGCACAGCAGGGGCUGGAUCGUCAAGGACGGCAUGAUCACUUUUCCCAAGGAGGCGGAUGUGGCGGUGGAUGAGAACGGUGCACCACAGGAGAAGGAGAUGAGCCAGAUGGUCAUCGAGAACACGUUAGGGUACGCCCGCGAGCUAGAGACGAUUGUCUAA